AUGAUGGACGUUGAAACGAAUUCGCUUCCCCUUAAGCCACCCAUUGAAGAUGAGCAGGAUGUGCAAGAUGCGACCGACCUGGCUGCGAUGGGCCAUGCCCAGGCGCUGACACGCAAAUUCAACAUCUGGAGUAUGCUUGCUCUGGCUUUCUGUGUUCUCGGAACAUACUCGACUUUUGCUCAAGAUUUGAGCAGCGGUCUCUCCAAUGGCGCCUCCAUUACCAUUCUUUGGGGCCUGGUGCUGGUCACGGCCUGUAACCUCUGUGUCGCCCUCUCGCUCGGUGAAUUAACCAGCAGUAUGCCUACGGCCCUUGGACAGGCCUACUGGGUCUACCGUCUGUGGCCCACACCUCUCGGCCGUUUUGUUUCAUAUAUGUGCGCCUGGAUCAACACGUUCGGAUGGUGGACAUUAACCGCCUCGCAAGUCGCCUUUAUGACCGAGUUUCUGUUGGGCAUGAAGACGAUGUUCAAUCCUGAGUGGUCCGGUGCUAGUCAAGGGUGGCUCCAAUUUGUCGUCUAUAUCGGCGUCGUCCUCCUUUUGACCGCAAUCAACGUGGUUAGUUGCCGCCGUGAGCAGAUCCUGCCGUGGAUCAAUAACUUCGUUGGUGUCUGGUUUGCAGGGCUCUUCAUCGUUCUAUCGAUGGUGAUGCUUAUUUGCGUUGGCGUCAAGAGUGAACUGAAAUUCCAGCCCCCCUCUUUCGUGUUUGGCGCAUGGAUAAACCAGACCGGAUGGAGUGAUGGCGUUGUUUGGUUCACCGGUCUUGUGCAGGCGGCGUAUGGGUUGACAGCCUUCGACUCAGUCAUUCAUAUGGUCGAGGAAAUUCCCGCGCCGCGGAAGAAUGCUCCCCGUGUUAUCUGGAUGGCGGUACUGUUCGGCGCUAUCACUGGAUUUAUCUUCAUGGUAGUCUGCCUGUUCUGUAUCCAGAAUGUUGAUAACGUCUCCGGAGCCGACCUACCAUUUAUGGAGCUGAUGCUUGAGACCGUUGGCUUGAAGGGCAGCGCUGUCUUGAUUUCCCUCUUUAUCUUCAACGGCCUGGGACAGGGAAUCAGCGUUCUAACCACCGCCUCUAGGCUGUCAUGGGGGUUUGCUCGUGACGGUGGCCUCCCUUGGAGCCGAUACUUCAGUCAUGUCGACCCUGUUUGGCAAGUUCCUGCCCGCGCUCUCUGGGGUCAGGGUGUUAUUAUUGCCAUUGUUGGCAUCUUGUACCUGUUUGCCAAUACCGUGCUCGAGGCCAUCUUGAGUGUCAGCACUAUUGCCUUGACUGUCUCUUAUGCCAUGCCCAUCCUUGCACUCCUCAUCACUGGUCGUGACAAGCUGCCUCCCGGGCCCUUCCGUCUUGGUCGCUGGGGCCCCUGGUUCAACUGGGUCAGUAUUGUCUACUGCAUCAUCACAACCAUCUUCUUCCUGUUCCCGGGUGCUCCAAACCCAGCGCCUAGCGACAUGAACUACGCCAUUGCCGUGUUUGGUGUUAUGCUGGUCAUUGCGGUCGCCUUUUGGUUCAUUCGAGGUGGCCGCACAUAUCUUCAGACAGAAGAUGCGAUUGCUCAGAUGGUAUAUGCCCAGCACUUGGAGGACUCCGGAUCCCCUGUGCCGACACAGGAAGCGACAGUUGACUAUAAGUAA